CCUUCAACGAUGCGGCUUAUUAGAACAGGAGGAGAUACCGUAUAUUAUAAAGGGGAUUUGAAACUUGGAGGACAUGGGUUGAAGGCACCCAGCUGUUAAUCCCACAUAGGAUCCGGUUCGGACGGUGGAACUCGACAACCGAAGAGACCAUGAAAUUCCUCAACCUAUUGCUCGGUGCUGCUAGCGCUGGUUUGGUGCUCGCAGCUCCGGCCUGUGAUGCGCCAACUCCAACGUCCAAGACGACCAAGCGAGCAAGCAAAUUCCAAUUCGUCGGCGUCAAUCAGUCGGGUGCGGAGUUCGGCAAGGACACACUUCCUGGCCAACUUGGCAAGCACUACACCUGGCCGGUGCGGUCGAGCAUUGAUACUUUGAUGGGCAAGGGCAUGAACACUUUCCGUGUAGCCUUCAUGAUGGAACGGCUUAUCCCCAACAAGAUGACUGGCACUAUCAACACCACGUACUCCCAGGGCCUCACAGAUAUUGUCGGGUAUAUCACAAGCAAGGGGGCUUACGCGGUCCUUGAUCCACACAAUUUUGGGCGCUACUACGAGCAGGUCAUCACAGAUGUCGAAGGCUUCAAGGCGUGGUGGACAACAACUGCAAAGCUCUUUGCCAACAACGACAAGGUCAUUUUUGACACCAACAACGAGUACCACGACAUGGAUAACUCCCUUGUCCUCCGGCUCAACCAGGCCGCUAUCGACGGCAUCCGCGCGGCAGGGGCUACGUCGCAAUACAUCUUCAUUGAGGGCAAUUCAUGGACGGGGGCAUGGACCUGGGUCUCAAGCGGCAACGGCGCCAACCUUCUCAAUCUCAAGGACCCUGCCGGAGGCGACAAGCUCAUCUACGAGAUGCACCAGUACCUGGACCGCGACGGGUCGGGCACCUCGGAGACGUGCGUGUCGUCGACCACUGGCGAGGAACGCAUCCGUGAGGCGACGGCGUGGCUCAAGGCCAACAAAAAGAAGGGCAUCCUGGGCGAGACGGCCGGCGGCGCCAACGCGCAGUGCAUCGCUGCCGUCACGGGCAUGCUCUCGUACAUGGCGGCCAACUCGGACGUCUGGACGGGCUGGCUCUGGUGGGGCGGCGGCCCGUGGUGGGGGAAUUACAUGUACUCGAUUGAGCCUCCGAGUGGUGUGGCGUACCAGAGGGUGCUGCCGAGUUUGCAGCCGUAUAUCUAACUAAGGUCACGGUGGUUUUGGGGGGACUUAGAGGGCAAUCUGUUAGUAACACAGUCGCUACAGUCCGGAAGGAGUCCAAAGGUUGACAGGAACGGAGAGUGUUACCGUCAGUUAUCUUGUUUCGGGUCUCAAUGUCCUUCAUCUCAUUGUCGACUGAGUAGUCCUGCCAGCCCCCGAUGAUGAGGGAAGGGGAUUGUGUUGUGUU